GGUAACCGGGGCGCGGGGGCGUGUCGCCGCUGCAGCCGGGGCCCAACGCUCUCCCCGAGCCGCUCGCCGAGGGUCCCCCGCGAAGCCAGGCGCCUGGGCACAAAGGCGGAGACUGUGUGCUGCUGGGCUCGGAGGGAGCCGGUCCCGGGCGGGCAGCGAUCCCAGCCCUAGGGGAGCUGAGGCAGGAGGAUUGCCGUGAGUUCGAGGCCAGCCUGGGCCGCAGUGAGACACUGUCUCAAGAACAAAAACAAAAACAAAAACAAACAAACAAGAACAACCCGCCUCCCCGCUAAAGAAAAGAAAAGAAAUCCGCACCUCCUGCGUUCGUCUUCAAACCCGCAUUUGUCUUCAUUGGUCUUUGUCUUUUCGCCGGCGCUGGAGGGCUUGCUAAGAGCAUCUGAAGGCCUUUGAUAAUGAAGUUAAUGCUUUCCUGGACAACAUGUUUGGACCACGAGAUUCUCGAGUUCGAGGGUGGUUCCUGUUGGACUCUUACCUUCCGACCUUCAUUCUUACCGUCUUAUAUCUGCUCUCAAUAUGGCUGGGUAACAAAUAUAUGAAGAACAGGCCUGCCCUUUCUCUCAGGGGAAUCCUCACCUUCUAUAACCUCGGGAUCACACUUCUUUCUGCAUAUAUGCUGGUGGAGCUCAUCCUCUCCAGCUGGGAAGGAGGCUACAACUUGCAGUGUCAGAACCUCGACAGUGCAGGAGAAGGUGACAUCCGGGUAGCCAAGGUCUUGUGGUGGUACUACUUCUCCAAACUGGUGGAGUUCCUGGACACGAUUUUCUUUGUUCUUCGAAAAAAGACCAGUCAGAUCACCUUUCUUCAUGUCUACCACCAUGCCUCAAUGUUUAACAUCUGGUGGUGUGUUCUGAACUGGAUUCCUUGUGGUCAAAGCUUCUUCGGACCAACCCUGAACAGUUUUAUUCACAUUCUCAUGUACUCCUACUAUGGACUCUCUGUGUUCCCGUCCAUGCACAAGUACCUUUGGUGGAAGAAAUACCUCACACAGGCUCAGCUGGUGCAGUUCGUACUCACCAUCACGCACACACUCAGUGCCGUGGUCAAGCCCUGUGGCUUCCCCUUUGGCUGUCUCGUGUUCCAGUCUUCCUAUAUGAUGACCCUGGUUAUCCUGUUCUUAAACUUCUAUGUCCAGACGUACAGAAGAAAGCCAGCGAAGAGAGAGGCGCGAGAGCAGCCUGCAGGCAAAGAGGUGAAGAACGGUUUGCCCAAGGCCCACUUGAUGGCGGCUAAUGGCGUGACAAACAGGAAGGUGCAAUAAGCGAGGGACGGGAAAGCAUGAAGAGUGCAGCAGCCCCGCAGAUGAGCUUGUUUUAAAGCAGAGACUGAAUUGAAAGUUGUGUUAGCAUAAACUAAUUCCUUUUGAGUUUGUAAAUCAUUUGUACCCAGAAUGUAUUAUAAUAUAUUGCUAUUAGGUUACUCUACUAACUGAAGCGAUGCCGACCUCUACAAACCUCACAACAGGUGCAGCAGCCCGUCCCUCCUGAGCUCUUCCCAAUGCCUUAUUCGCACAGAAAACCAGGAGACACGGGCUUCGUUUUCAUGGCAAGUCUUCAGAGUUAAUUUUCUUUAGAUUAAAUGUGUAAAAUAAAAUGUUAAUUAUAUUGUGAAUGCAGGGUCUGCUCUAGUCCAUGUCAAGCAAUAACUGUCAGUCCACUUGCUCUUUAAGGCAUCAACCUAGGAAGUGUUUAAAUGGGGUCCUUAACAAGGCAGAAGCAUCAUGUCUCCCUCGCUGAAACCUGGGAGUCGGCUACAGUUUCUAACCACUGAUUCUAAAUUCAGUGACAUUGUGAUGACUCGUUCAUCUUCAAGACAGUUUGAGAAUUAAUCAUUCUGUGAACCAACAACUUCUUGAGCUGGGUGUGGUGGCAUACACCUGUGAUCCCAAAUGUCAAGACAACCUGGGCUACAUGGGUACAAGGAGACCCUGUCUCAAUCAGAAAAAAAAGUUUCUUUUGUCAAAUCAUCAUAACUCAGGGGCUUUCGGCGGGAGCUGUCUCUGUUUCAAUUGGCGUCCUCACUCACACAUUCCUGCCCACCCACCUCCCUUGCUAGUCUGGAUCCACAGAGUCAUGUCUCCCUAUCAAAAGCUGUGUCUACAUAGAGCUGCCAUGCUUUUUCUGAACAAAGGCUGGAGUUCAAGUGCAGUUCUCGUCACAGACAUGCAACUGGAGUACUUAUAAAUCAUAAUCAACAGGGGCAAAACAGACAUCAUCUUUGCUAUCCAGUCUUCAUAAGUUGAAGUAUCAGAAAAUAGAAAAGGAUAUAGUCAUUGGAAAGAUGCCAUGGGCUGAGAAUUAGCCACCUUGAGAAUGUGUCUGGCCCAAGCAGCAUAUGCUUUCCGUGCUCAGAACUGUGGUCUCCCUUAGAAGCCAGUUCAGAGGCAGACCGACCACGACCCUGGCCACUGCCUUCCCACCACUGUUAAAAAUGGCACCUAGCAUGAAACAGUACAUUUUCCAAAACAUGACUCAUUAACUUGGACUGUUUCCCCUCCAUUUUAGCAAAUAUAUACUUGGGUGCUUUUCUUAAGUGCCAACAGUAGUACCUGCCUACCCCUGUCUUCCACUUGUACUGACUUUUUAAACUCGUAAGUAUACCUAACCCUUCUCAGUGGUGGUCCCUGUGUCCUGUGCCAUCCCUCGUUAUCAUUCCUGUUGAACUGACUCCUGUCUGGUGGCCACCUAAUAGUCAAUGUAUUUUCUCAAACUGAUCUGCUCCCAGGUGCUUAACCACCAUCUCUAGUGACUUUGACUCAAGCCAGUGUGUUAUUCUUUCCCAAUAAUUCAUUUGCAGGUUAUGUUACUGUUCUUCUGUGACAAGACACAGGUUAGCCAAAGGAGCAAACUCCUUGGUGUAACUGGAGUUCAGUUUUUGUUCUCAAACAUGGUCUGAAAUCUGUUACUGAAAUGAAUUCUGGGUAAAAAUGAGACUGAAGAGGCAUCACUGGUCUUUGCACUCACAUUACUCCUACUUGCCAGUGCAGCACACCUGCAGUUGGCAUGUUUGCAGGACUUCACAUCUGUGUCACACAGAGGACGUCAUUUUUAUAUAACAAACAGUUCAAUAGCAGCAGCUCGAAGAACCAACCAGCUUUAAACCUCCCAGAGCAAAGCUCAGAACAACACUAAGCCUUAAACCACUCAAGGGCCAACAAGACAUGCAGAGCUGUGAAACCUGAGCUGCAAAAAUGGGAUCUGGUAACUAUCUGAACCCAUUUAUUCUUACUGUGAAUUUUCUAAAAUAGAAGUAUUUAAAACGUCUAUCUCUAUAAUCUGAUAAAACAGUUUCCCAAGUAAACUCCCUCUUAUUCAUGAGAACAAAAGUACUUGGGUACUAUAAAACCUUAAUUUCCCCAGCUUUGGAAAUAAAAUGGAAUGUUUGCUGAAUGUAAUUAAGCAUAGAAAAUGUCAACCUGUCAGAAUUAUAUUUAUACAUAUUGGUGGAUAAGUUCCUGUCUUCCCUCAUCAGAGAAUUAUUAUUUUUUUACCAAAAUAGAAUUUUGUAAGAGACCAUUCUAGUCCUUCCCAACAUUCCUGAGUCAGUUAAGAACGUUAGUAGAGGUCACUUCUCCGGAAAUUGAGGGGUCUACUUUUUGUUUUCCUUUGGAAGUACUGCAUCUAAAGAACACAGUAUCAUGACUGGGGUGAAAGGGAGGCAGAAGCCAUUUUUCUUUUAGAUAAAAAGCAUUCUGUGUGAUUGUUGUAUAAUAAAUUGAUUUUUAUGCUAAAACGUGUUGUACUUUUUCUUAUUUGGCUCAAAAAGGUAAAAUCUUUGCCUGUGUGGUAUUCCAAGCAUUCUAUUACUUGAGGAUUAUCUUUUCCAAUAAAGUGAUAUUUUAGUGAUUAA